CUCAACGAUUCAUGAGCCUUCGAUCAGGCUUCAUGAGAAGAGAAGGCAACGCCUGGUGCAGCUCAUGAUUGUCCGGCCAGGGCGUUGGUGGUGCAGCUCAAAGGCGCACAAUUGUUCUAGAUUGUUUUAGACGUGGUUGUGAGCAGACCCAAUGCCGAGAGCGCCCCUUCUUGCCAGCAUACCUGGAGCUUUGUCCUUCUCCAACUGAUGGCUCCUAGCAAAAGGGACCAGCUUCAAUCCCUCCCUUCCUGAGCGGAUCCUUUAGGAGGCGCCUGGCGCCCCUCCCGCUGGACCACCUGUCUCUCCGGCAAUUCCCGCCAGCUUGCAAACGGCGCCAAAGCAGUAGACAUGGGUGUCGGCGCAGGUGCCUCGGAGUUGCGGAACGGUGCUACCUCUAUAGCAUCUGGCACCCCAAAUGGCACCAAUCGGCAAGCUAGUGACGCCAAGGCUAGAGAAGGCAGUAAAGUGCUCGCACCUCCCACACCCGCUCAGAUCGCAGUGCUAGAGAAACAGUACCCUGCAUUUGCUCGUACCGACAUCUAUGGCCCCAUGGGGGCAGGGCCCCUUUCUAUUGUAGACACCCUGCGCCUCUGGCUGGGGGGGCUCAUUCUCUUCCCGCUGCGGUUGUUGGUAGUUGUCAUUAUUGUCUUUAUCUAUUAUCUCAUUUGCCGGAUCACCCUUCUGAGGCUGCACAGCUUUAAGCGGAAUAGCGGCCCUGCGGCAGAAAGCGCUACAGGGUUGCGCAGGACAAUCAUUGUGGAGUCAGGGAAGCGACUUGCACGCGCCGUGCUGUUUGUGAUUGGCUUUUAUCACAUCAAGAAGGUGAAGCGCGCAGGGGGAGAAAGGACGAUUCAAGCGACUGGGAUUGUGUCCAACCACGUGUCAUGGAUCGACAUCCUGUACCAUAUGUCCGACACCUUCCCCAGCUUCGUUGCAAAGAAAGGUACUUUGAAGGUGCCAAUGGUGGGGCUGAUCAGCCAGUGCCUGGGGUGCAUUUAUGUCGAUCGCGAAACGGCUGCGCACGUGGGCGUCUCGACACUGGUCAAGAACAGGAUGCUCGCAGUGGCCAAGGACCCUGCCGCAGCCCCCGUACUCCUUUUUCCAGAGGGCACGACCACCAACGGGCGGCACCUGCUCCCCUUCAAGACGGGCGCGUUUCUGGCGGGGACGCCCGUGCAGCCGUACUACCUGCACUUCCCGCACCGCCGCUUCAACCCCGCCUGGGAGACCGUGUCAGCAUUGCGGCACAUGUUCUUGCUGUUGAGCCAGCUGGUGAACCACCUGGAGGUGACGGAGCUGCCCGUCUACAAGCCCAGCCUCGACGAGUGCAGAGACCCGCACAAGUACGCGCAGCGAGUGCGGGACAUUAUCGCGAAAGAGGGGAAACUCCUCUUGUCUUCCCACGCUUUGUACGAAAAGCGGUGCUACCAUGCCGCUCUGUUGGGGAAGGAGCCUCCCCCGCCACCAACAAAGAAGGCAGAAUGAAGGAUGGUCCACUUUGUACACUAGCGGCCCUUGAAAGAAUGCUGUCGAGCACCAGCAGAACGGUGAACUCGACACGCCUUUUUUCAAAGAUCGAAGUUGCACAAGUUGAUGAAGGAAGUGUGCUAGCAUGGUGUCAAUCAUUGUUCACCAUGUUAUGAAACUUGGC